CAGAGAGGAGUCUGGGUAAUGAGUCAGCUGAUAUGAAGACAUUUAUGGCCAGUGAUGAGGAUACUGCAGAACAAAAGUCUAGGGGUUGUGCGUUGAGUCCAAUCGAACAGCCAAGACAUGACAGAGAUAAAGCAAGUCCAAUUGAACAGCCAAGACAUGCAGUAGAACAACCUACACAUCUAAGUGACAUAGUUAAUAGUCCAAUAGAAGAGAAAGUUGAUAACUGUACUUUGUUAAGUCCAAAAAAGCAGCGCCAGUUUGCAUAUCGUGAUUCCUUUAGUCCAAUAGAACAAUGUAGACGUGCACAGAUACAGACAGACCAUUAUCUGCCUCUGAUAGACAAUGUGGAAAAACUCGCCUCUCCCUGUAAAGACGUGAGCUUGUGUGGCAGUCUCACUCUUAGUCCACUUGUGGAACCAAGACUCAUCAAGAAUUCAACUCUCUUGGACGGAGGCUUUGCAAAACAAGCUAAUGAUGUAACUGACUUUUUUGAGCUGUCAAGUAUUGAAUAUAAUGAUGUCAGUGACAAGGAUGAAGAUCCAACCAUAAAUGAGGACAUUGAAGAAGUGUCAUCAAGUAGUGACAAUGCAGACGAUGCAGAUACAGAAGACAGUGAUGAUGUCGACAAUCCACAGGAUGAAUUGGUGAAAAUUAGGGCUGUUGCAGAAAGAUCUCCAGUGAGACACAUCAGCACAUUGGAUUCCAGGAGGCCACAGAAGCGAAGACGACUACAAAAGAAAAUGCCAAUAAAAUGUUCCACACAUCUUUUCCCUGAUGUAGCUCCAGACACGGAAUCUCACCAAUCUGGAAUAACACAUGGACACAGUAGAGCUGUAGCACAGUGCCUAGGUAUAAGACGUGUUAGAACCUUCACCAGCACACCAAUCAACUCACCGCCAUCCAAUAAUACAUCUUUAGAUGUCUCUGCAGUAGCCUCUCCUCAGUGUGACAGUUUUGAACUUGCAAUCAACUCUACAUCAGAGGUAAACUCGGAGGAGAUCCAUGUGGACUCAUA